UGACAAUAAUAGCAAAUGUGACACGUAGGAAAGGAGGAGAAAGAUCACGAAGAGGAAUCAGAAGCUUAAUCGAAUCGCUUGAUCAAUCUGUAAUCGGCGCCAAUGGCGACUCGUUACUGGGUAGCGUCUCUCCCCGUCGGUCAAGGGGCCUCCGCCUCCUCCGUAUGGACUCGUCUCCAGGAAUCCAUCUCCAAACAAGCCUUCGACACCUCUCUCUACAGAUUCAACAUUCCGAAUCUGCGAGUAGGCACUCUGGAUUUGCUCUUGUCUCUCAGCGACGACCUAUCGAAGGCAAACAACUUUAUCGAGGGAGUGUCACACAAAAUCCGGCGUCAGAUUGAGGAGUUGGAGAGGGUGUCCGGUGUUGUUAGUAGCUCGCUUACUGUGGACGGGGUUCCCGUGGACUCUUAUCUUACCAGAUUCGUGUGGGAUGAGGCAAAGUAUCCAACAAUGUCGCCGCUCAAGGAGAUUGUGGACGGAAUUCAUAUACAAAUUGCCAAGAUUGAGGAUGAUCUCAAGGUCCGCGUCGCUGAAUAUAGCAAUGUGCGCAGCCAACUGAAUGCAAUCAACAGAAAGCAGGCUGGAAGCUUAGCCGUUCGUGAUCUCUCAAAUUUAGUAAAACCAGAAGAUGUUGUUAGUUCGGAACACUUGACUACCCUUCUUGCCAUUGUUUCAAAGUAUUCUCAGAAAGACUGGUUAUCAAGCUACGAGUCUCUUACAUCAUAUGUGGUCCCCAGAUCUUCGAAGAAGCUACAUGAGGAUAAUGAAUAUGCUCUUUACACUGUGACAUUAUUCAGUCGUGAUGUUGAUAAUUUUAAAACGAAGGCGCGUGAAAGAAAUUUUCAAGUUCGUGAUUUUGAAUAUAAUCCCGAGACCCAAGACAGUCGCAAGCAGGAGCUUGAAAAACUGAUGCAAGACCAGGAGACAAUGAGAAGCUCCCUUUUGCAAUGGUGCUAUACUAGCUAUGGAGAGGUUUUUAGUUCGUGGAUGCACUUCUGUGCGGUAAGAGUAUUUAGUGAAAGCAUUCUCCGAUAUGGCCUGCCACCAUCUUUUCUGUCUGUUGUACUGUCACCUCCAGUAAAAAGUGAGAAGAAAGUUCGCUCCAUUCUUGAGGGAAUGUGUAGCAAUUCAAACAGCACGUUCUGGAAAACUGAGGACGAUGGAGGAGUGGUUGGCCUUGGUGCAGGCGAAGCAGAUGCUCAUCCUUACGUCUCAUUCACCAUUAAUCUUAUUUAAGAGAUAGAGAUUUGCCAAUUUUGCACUUAUCUUGACAGUCUGAAUGAGAGAAUCUGAUGGAGAUGCUGAUGAGAAGCCACAGAUCACUGAUCCUUCGUUGUCACUUGAUAUGUGGAUAACAUAAAAUGACUUAUUUGAAUAAAGAAUCACCACUCACUAUUUUCUCGUGAAAACUAUAUUUUUCAUGAGAACAUGAGAUCCACUCCAUUGAGAGUGUGAAGUUACUGAUUUCGUUGUGGAAUUGAUUGCAUGAAAGAAAUUUGAAGUCUUGCCUUUCAUGAGAUUCGAAUCCAUGAUGCAUUCGUCGUUUGGUAUGUAAAUUGUAAAUUGAGGAUGUGAUUGAAUGUGUAGUAGUAGUGUUUGUGUGGAGCCAAACAGGUAUGUAAAUUGUAAA